GAUUUACUUGUUCUCAUAUUAGUUUGUUAUACAACUCACUUAGAAUAAUGUAGAUUACAUUUCAGCCAAAUUCAUGUAAAAGAUGCUUUUCUUUGUGAUGUUUUUAAAAUGCUUUCUUUUCACUUUUUUUCUUUCUUAACUAUAAAUCUUGAUGCAAUGCCUACCUUCUUAGAACAUAAGAUCUUCUUUAAAAUCCAAAAUCGUAGGCCACUAUUUCAUUAUACUUAUGUAAUAUAUGUGAUACAGAUACAUCUAUAUACAAAUUAAACACGAAACCAUACAUGCACGGUGUGAUCACACACGCACACACAUAGAAACAUAAACACGCAAUAAUUUCUAUACAGUUUAAUUUCAUUUUUAACUUACUUCUUUUUUUUUGGUGAAGAUUCUUGAGAGAAAAGAAAUCGAAGAUGGCAACAAAAUCCACCGGAGGUACCGAGAAAACCAAGUCGAUAGAAGUGAAGAAGAAACUAAUCAACGUGUUGAUCGUCGAUGAUGAUCCAUUAAACCGUAGACUCCACGAGAUGAUCAUCAAAACGAUCGGAGGAAUUUCUCAGACUGCAAAGAAUGGCGAGGAGGCAGUGAUCCUCCACCGUGACGGCGAAGCAUCUUUCGACCUUAUUCUAAUGGAUAAGGAAAUGCCUGAGAGGGAUGGAGUUUCGACAACUAAGAAGCUAAGAGAAAUGAAAGUGACGUCAAUGAUCGUUGGGGUAACGUCAGUAGCUGACCAAGAAGAAGAGCGUAAGGCUUUUAUGGAAGCUGGGCUCAACCAUUGCUUGGAAAAACCCUUAACCAAGGCCAAGAUCUUCCCGCUCAUUAGCCACCUCUUCGAUGCUUGAUGGAUGAAGGCUCAUUAAUGUAUCUAUAUUUUCAAUCAUGAAAUCACCUACACGUGUAUUUGACACAAAAAUCUGCAUUUGUUGUGAUAUAGGGUUUCUCAUAUCUAUGUUUGAUUUAUUUUCUUAUCGUCCGAGGUAAAAUCAUGCAAGUCAUUUCUUUUGGCUAAUAAAAUAUUAAAAUAAGGUUUUCUCUUGUUGAAUGAGCUAAUUUACUUCAUAUGGCUCAUGCAAAUCUCCAUAUCAGUUAACUUUAAAAAAAUUAUACAUAGUUUCGCG